GAGCGAUAAAAAUAUCAGGGCUAAGAGUAAAAUAACUGCAAGACUAUAGUUAGUCACGCGGUCGACUGCAUUACGUGUGUACGAAUGUGUACUAAUCAAGUACAAUGCUAAAUAAAAUAUUUACUACCGUAAAAUACACAUUAGUGUCUGUGAAUUUUUUAUUCUUGGUAACAGGGAUUAUAGUGUUGUCCGUGGGAAGCUCGGUGCAGUCGGCUUAUAAUGGCUAUCACCAGUUUUUGCCCGGGAGAUUCUUCUCUUUGCCGGUUUUCUGCAUUGUGACAGGAGUUAUCAUUUUCUUGAUUGCUUUCGCUGGAUUUUAUGGUGCUUAUAUGGAGAAUUAUUACGUCAUUAUGGGAUUUGUCGGGGCCAUGAUAUUGAUGUUUAUAUUCCAACUGUCAGCUUGUAUUGCCGGCUACGUUCUGAAGGGAAACACUGUAGCGCUGGUGCAGAAAACAUUACUGGACACCAUGGACGUUUACGGGACUGAUAAGAACUUUGAAAUCACUAAGUUGUGGGAUGAAGUCCAAACGGAUUUCACAUGUUGUGGGGUGCGAAAUUCUAGCGAUUGGCUAAUUCACCUCAGAACGGAAGAAACCCAGGGAGUACCAAUCAGCUGUUGCGAUCACACCUAUGGAACCAUUCAGAUCUUCACGUGCAACACCACAUCGGCGUACAGAACUGGCUGCUCGGACGCAUUCGGAAACUGGGUCAAAUCCCAUGCGGGUUCUAUUGGGUUAGCUGGAAUCUUCUUAGUUGUUAUGCAGGCAUUAGCUGUUGUCGGAGCACUUUGGCUGGCGAACAUAACAAGACAAGAGAGAGAAAUACCAUAAAAAACAAUUAUAAGUAAUUAAAAUAUCUAAUGUUAUUAUAAAUUUUUAAAAUAGCUGAUGAGACUUAGUAUCUUAUGUCUCAAAGUGAAUUGUGAUGCGGAACAGAAUUUUGUGAGCAAUCAAGAAUCCUGGGCGGCACUGCAUUGUAAUGAUAGGGCGUAUCAUUUACUCUCAGAUCUUCAAAAUAUCUUGCUCGUUUCGUCACUUUUCUCAUUAAAAAUGUUUGUAAGCCUAUUACAGUGCGUUAAGUAAGUAAGGUUAGAGAUGAAAAACCGAAAAAAUUUUAAUAUGAUAGAGAAAAAGCUUCAAGUAUAUAUAAUUUUUUAGUAAGAUAGAUAGUAAAUACUAUGGAGUACUAGGAAUAUAAUGAUGGAGAGAGCCAAAGUUUCAUGAAAAAAAAAAGAAUUUAAUGAUGCACUGGUUAAAAAUAAAUUAAAAACAGGACCGAAUAAAAAAGUGCGGGUCUGGCUCGUCCAUCUAAGGAUUUUUCCCAAUUCCUUUAGUAUAAGACGGUAUUACUUACCAAAUUUUAUAGUUCCAGGCCAACGGAAAAUACCCCAUAAAUUAUGAUUCCCUUGAGAUCGGUUGAUAUCGAAAUAUACGUUUUGCGGCAUAAACGGUAGUAUCAUUUUUAACGUUAUCUUACGGGCGUUUGCAAUAUUCAGUCUCUGGUUGUGGCCUAAUAAACACACCGACGGUAACUCAACUUAUCCGUACACGCUAUCUGUCAAUGGGAGGACGGGUAGCUUACCAGAGAUAGAAGUUUGAUUUAUCAAAGCUUCAAUAUAGACCUGAGAAUAUCGUUGUAAUUUCAUCUCGAUAUCUAUCUAUCUAUCUACACGCGUUUCCGAGAUAAAUAGUUUUAACAGACAGACGGACAGACAACGAGGUGAUCUUGGGUUAAAUUUUUUCUCUUUUUGAGGAACGGAACCUUAACAAUACUAUUAACUUUUGAAGGUUUAUAUAAUGAAAUGUUUCAUCGAAAUUUGUUUGGAAGAUAAAAUACUGUUAGUUGUUCGAUGGUCUGAAGGCUUUUUUAACUUGUCUAAAUAACUUAAUUAGUCCGCUGUUUUGUUUUUUACUGAGGAUAUAUCUACUAGUAAGUUAGAAUAGCUAUAACCUUAGGCUAAUAAGUAAAUUAUCUUAAUUUGUUAAGUACAGUUUAACAAUGAUGUGGCCAUUAGCACUUACAUUAAAUUUUACUUUACUUAAGCGAAGUUACUAAGUGCUUGUGAUCGUAAUAUUGAACUUACAAUUUGCUUCAUUCCUUAAACUGUUAAGUUUGUAUUUUUGAGUAUUCUUAAGAUAUAUAAUUUUUUUCUAAGUGAUAAUAAUUAUACAUUCUGACUGGUAAUACAAUUCAAUCAUUAACUCUCACUAUUUAAAUGACAUUAAUAUUUUAAUUCAAAAUAUUUUAUUCAAAAAAGGAUUUUAAAUCACUUGAUGAAGAUCAAAAACUACCUUGUUUUGUACAUUUUCUUGAAUCAUUUUGUAAAAGCAAGCCAAUAAAAGAUUUACUGAGUUGACUUAAGGCGACACUAUGCCAGCGACCUUGAGCGAUAUGAGUUCACGGCUGCCGGCCCGGCAUCUAUGUAACAAGCCAGUAUUUUCAAAAUUCUUGCGUGGAAAAAUGUUUAUAUGCUUACAAUCCUCGUUAUUCAUUACUAAUCUGAAUAAAUAUACCUACACAAAAAAGUAAAGCUAUAAGAAUAGCUUAUCUGAGAGUUUUACUAAAAAAAUGCGUCAUGCCAUGCCAAAAACUUGUUUAACUGCAAGGAAAAGUGGUAGUUCAAAAAGGCUCUGGAGUGAAAACUAUAAUCAACAGCAAGCAUUAGAAACCUACAAAUAAGACUUAAGUAUAUGUGUAACAGGAUUAAGUAGUGUUCAUAGCUCAAAAUGCUAUAUUUUCACCAAAAAACUUGUCUAAAAACAUCUUGUUUGCAUGUUUUCUGCUUACUCUUCGCCUUAACCGAGUAGUAGGCAUAACAUCACAACAAGCUUAUGUUUGUUGCUGGUGUUGACAUUAUGAUUUUCACAGUGUUUAAACUAAAUUCUUGCAAAAUUCUCCUCAUUUGACUUAUAUGUAUUUGAUUGUAGGACUAGUUAAUUUGAUUAUGAUACACAUUGCAUUGCUAAAAAAUAAAUGAUUACACGAGUUAAUUAAUAAAGUUUAUAGGUAUCUAAAGUAAGAAGUCACUAGAAUUUAGACCAACCUAUGAUGUUAUAGACCAGAGGUGCUCAAACGGUCGAUCGGGAUCGACAGGUGCUUUUUGAGUCGAUCUCGAGAAAAAAAAUGGUAUAAUAAACUAAAAUCGGUAAUUACGUACCAUCUUAUGAAAAGUAUGAUCAGGACAUGCAGUGUCACGCUUCAACGUCCAAAGUCACAUUUAGUUAACUUUAGAACUUUAGAACGCGUUUGUUUUUUAAGAACCAAUAAACUCGCAAUUUUGAAUAAUAAUUAUGAGUUUUUUCAUUGACAUUUUAGAGCAGACCUACACUUACCUUGACAAAAAAAAUGCAUCUUGUGCGCAAAACUAAUAUCUUUGUCAUCGUGACACUCUACCUAGAUGACAAUCUUUCAUCACACAUACUUGAAGCCUCUCAGAGACGAUCGAUCGUAGUCUAACAAUUUUGAGGUAGAUCGCCAGCAGUUCAAGCUUGAGCACCCCUGUUAUAGACCAUUGAUACCUCUAGAUAGACAGCUGUGAAGUCAUCUAAAAAUUAGAGUUUUUAGUUAACCUCUAGUUUGGGCAAUGCACGCACACUAACACAAAGUGUCAUACAAAUCGCGAGUGUAAGACGUAGUUUGUCACGCACACUAAAGUAAUAAACGUGGCCUGUUUUCAUGGGUUGUAUAACAGCAAGAGACGUAUAAAUUAUAUAAUCAUUCAAUAUAUUUGUUUACGUAGAAAUGUUUUCGCAAGUAUCUGUAUACUAACUUAAAAAAAUUAAGCUGUUGUAUUUUCAUCGUUCUGAUAGUUUUGAUGCUGUUUUAAAAGUAUUUUAGUUGGUAAUUCCCAGUAAGUAGACCACCUUGCCUCCUAGUUCAUUGCCAACUGAUUCACGCAGUUUUAGCGCAAGUCGCGUGGAGGUAUAUCGACAUCGCAUCUAAGAACAAAUCUUUAAUCGAUCUUAUAGUUGGAAGCGUCUACGUGCUAAGCCGGCUACUCUGCCCUUACCGCACCGCCUAUUCCUGUUUUUGUUGCCAAUAUAUCGGGAAGGUGUUCUACUUACAUGUUUUUAUUUGCCCGAGUCACAAGUUUCGGACACUGUUUUGGUGCAGAGUGAGAAUCCACGGAAUGCUGUGAAGUUCGCCACAUGAGCGUCACAAUCUAUUUUCAGUUUUCAUUCAAGUAAAUAGUAACUUAGCAAUACCUCACCAAAAAUAGUGAAAGAUAUCUUCAAUCUAUCCUUCCCAUAUAUUCAGGUAGUGAUUCGUUUUAUGUUAACCAUUUGAUAAUAAUUUAAAGCAAAUGUGACUUAUGUUGUCCGUUUAUAAUGAUUAUUGUGUUAUUUUAAUAAAAUAUUUACGAAAA